UUCCAAAGAGACGAUUCCCAUCAAUCUAAAACAACCUAAACUCGGUCGAGAGAACGCGAAGCCGCAUAGACACGAAAGAACUCACGAACCCUUGAAUAACCUCAUAUUUGGGAAAAGCAAACUUCGUCAUCAAGAUGAGAUAUUCGAUUGCCUUUGCCGUGGCCACGGCCUCGGUCGCUAACGCUGGUUUCUGUACCGAUGCCUUCGAGGAGUCUGGAAACUUCUUCUGUCCCAAUGCCGUUAAGCAGAUCAAGUACAAUGGUCUCGACAUCGCUGGCAAAUACCGAGCCGUCGCCCAGAUGACCGAAUCGGGUACAUGCACGUUCGAGGACAAGGCUUACUCGGGCCCCAUUGCGCCCUUCGACGAGGACUUGACACUGCACUUCCGAGGACCCCUUUCGCUGAAGUCGGUGGCUGUCUACACUCCGUCCAAGGGCAAGCGUGACGUUCCUAAGCCUCACUCCAAGCGCCACGGCCACCAGCACCUCCACAAGAAGUUCCAUGAGCAGCAGCAGCAGGAGGCCGAGAAGCGAGGCGCUGACAUUGUCACGGCUACCAUCGACGGCAAGAUCGCGACGUGGGUGAACAACUGGUUCGGCGCUAACACCGCAUCUCCCACAGCGACAUCCGCCGCUACCAGUGCUGCCACCUACGCCGCAAGCAGCGCCGCUUCUGCUAAGUCUUCCGCCAAGGCUUCCAAGAGCAGCAGCUCAAGCAGCGCAUCCGCGUCCUCUGUCCCCGUCGGCGACUACCAGCGCGUCGCCUACUACAACUCCAAGGACCAGGUCGCUGACGGUCUUGUCUUCCUUGGCAACCUCGGUGACCCAGCUAUCUCCGGUACCUGGGAUACUGUUUGGGGUGCCAGUUUGGCCUACGCUAACGAGGACGGCACCAAGGCUGCUGCUUCCCCCACCAUCCUCAAGGAUGGCCUAAUCGACGACUCCACCGAGAUCAUCAUUGCUUCCGACCAGGAGUGCAAGGAUGACUGCGGCACUGUCCGUCCCGGCACCGUUGCUUACAAGGGUUUCGAGGGUGCCAACAAGGUCUUCCUGGCUGAGUUCACUAUGCCCUUGAGCGGCAAGAAGGGCUGGAACAUGGAUAUGCCUGCUUUCUGGAUGCUUAACGGCAGAAUCCCCCGAACUGGCCAGUACAGCAAGUGCAGCUGCUGGAGCGGUGACAACGCCAGCCCGCUACAAGGUGGAUGCGGUGAAGCCGACAUCAUCGAGAUUCUCGCUACCGGUGACACCAAGGCCAAGUCAACCUUCCACUUCGCAGCCGGUACCGGUGACUCUCACUACUUCGACCGCCCCACCUCCGCGCCCAUGAAGGUUGCCGUCGUCUUCCAGGCCUCUUCUUCCACCGCCUCCAUCAAGGUCCUCGAUGACAGCUUUGACUUCUCCACCAGCCUUACCUCCGAUCAGGUUGAGGAUCUCAUCAACGACGAGAAGGAUAUUGACCUCUUCAGCUUGAUGUCUUUCAUUUUGUCGUAAAAUUCUCAUCAAGGGGUAAAGGGGUACUGGCCACGAGGGACGUAUGGUGGUAAAACAGGAUGGGCAGGAAGGAAUUGGAUGGAGGAGGAUGCCUCAAAGGGCGGCUAUAUGUCUGGUCUUCGUGUCUUUUAAGCUGGAUAUAGGAGCUGUUUUUCAAAGUUCUUUUUUUUCUGCGCCUAUAUUACCCAUUUCUCGCAUACGCAUUUCCGCAUACCUAAGAUGACUGACUUUUGCCCUGUUAAGUUGUAAUACCCUGCCAUCGCAUGCAUGCACUCUUUUUCUGGACAUAUCUUUUUCUUCGAGCGUAAUGUAGAUGUUAUGUUAUUUAAUAUUAGCGCCUGUUAGAGCGAUAUGGCCUUCAUGGGCGGCUAGUUAGCUUGAUGAGCUUAGGUUCAUGAUGAUUAUGAUAUCGGACGCUGUAUGAUGAGGUUGGUGAAAAUAGGCCCUUGCUUGGGCGUGUGUUACGCUGAGGCUCUACGGUCUCGGGAAUGGUCUGAGACAGACUGGUGUCGGGUCCCGUGGAGUGGAACUUCGGUAGGUAGGGUACAUCUAGGAGCUUGAACUUAGGGUAGGUUGAUAUUGUCGAUAGGUAUCUGUUGGAAGUCUAUUGAUGAUAGUAUGGG